AUGUACGGCUCGGACACUUGGGAAGCACCACCAACGGUUAUGGAGAGGUUUGACUGCACGGAACGAAAGCUGCUUAGAUGGCUACUUGGCUACUUUUGGCCUAAGCGAUUUCUGAGGAGUUCGUCAGGUUCGAGCUGGAAGAUGCCACCUGGCCGAAAACGGAAGUUCUGGAAUGAGGUGGUGAAAGAGGACCUGACGACACUUGGCGUGGAUAGGCACUUCAGACGAGACGUAAGGUUUCGCAGAUUAUGGAAUAGCGACGAAUGGAUUGAUUCUGUGCAAGCUCUCGCAGAAGAUCGAGAAGUUUGGGCAGAGCUGUUCUCGAGGACGGCUCGGUGA